UUCAUGAUCCUCAUUCAAGCUCCCUUGCCAAACCUCGAGCCAUCAACAUCAACCGACCUCAAUUGCGUUUCUACCCCCGACCCAACCCACCUUUGACAGGUUGUCGCUCGCUUUCCCUUCGCUGCGCCCGUAGCAGCUACCAUCUACAACAACAACAACUGCUUUCUUAUCUUAGCUUUGCGACAGCAACCACACCACCGCAAUCAUGCCUUUGAAUCUCUUCCGAGUCGCCGCGGAUUUUUCGCAUCUCGGCUCCAUCUUCAUCUUGCUUCACAAGAUGGUGCAGCUUAACAGCUGCUCAGGUAUCUCUUUCAAGUCUCAGACACUGUACAUGCUUGUCUACAUCACCCGAUAUCUCGAUCUUUUCUCAACCGACAGCAUCUACAACUUCGUCUUCAAGAUCCUCUUCCUCGGCUCGCAAGGUUACAUCAUCUACCUCAUGACCAACGCUUACAAGCCCACCAACGACCCCAAUGUCGACACCUUCCGUGUUCAGUACCUCCUUGCUGGAGCGGCUGUCCUCGCCGUCGCCUUCCCCUACCACUACACCUUUUCUGAGAUUCUGUGGGCCUUUUCCAUCUGGCUCGAGUCGGUGGCUAUUCUUCCCCAGCUUUUCAUGCUUCAGCGAACUGGUGAGGCCGAGACCAUCACCACCCACUACCUUUUCGCCCUUGGCAGCUACCGCGCUCUCUACAUCCCCAACUGGAUCUACCGAUACUUUUCCGAGACACACCACAAGGUCGACACCAUUGCCAUUGUCGCCGGUAUCAUCCAGACCGUCCUGUACAGCGACUUCUUCUACGUCUACUACACCAAGGUUAUGAAGGGCAAGAAGUUCAAGCUCCCCGUCUAAGCGACAAAACCGAUAUACCUGUACGAAGAGGGCGACAAAGCUCUCGAAAUGUGUCCCAUGUUCGCUGACACAGUAACGAUGAAGUAGCCAAAAGGCAAGACAAGACCGCAGUUUUGGUCACGACAACUCCGGCUUCAGGAGAUGCAUGCACGGCGUUGGUUUGGGAGGUCAACAAGGCGGUAAUCACAAAGGCGUCGCCGUUUGGCUUGGAGAUUUGAGGAAAAUGAUAGUUGAUUUCAAUGCUGUAACCAGUCAAAAUAGAGAGUUGUAUUUGUUGAAAAUUGCUGUCAAUUGCUGUCGCUUGAUGAGGCAGUUGAGACUGCCUUUGAGAGCGGUGCAAUGCAGCAGUUUAUGAAUAAUUGAGAGAAGAAAUUCACAUGAG